AUGGAUUUUUGUAUACUGCCACACAGUUAUUUAUCUAUAAAAUUAAAAGAAAAAGCAUCAGGCCCAACUUGUCUUCCCCCAAGUCGUAUCUACGUGCAAUCGUCAAUCUAUGCUGAAUAUGCCUCGAAACUCUCUGAAAAAGUCAGUAAAUUUAAAAUUGGAAAUGGGUUUGAUCCAACCACCACUCAUGGUCCAUUGAUAAAUAAAAAAGCGGUUGAAAAAGUUAAAAGACACGUUGAUGAUUCUGUGGCAAAAGGUGCUGAAAUAUUGAUUGGUGGUACUAGACAAGCAGGGAAUUUUUUUGAUCCAACUGUCUUGACAGGAAUGUCAAAGGAUAUGAUUAUAACAUCUGAAGAAACUUUUGGUCCGAUAGCUGCCUUGUAUAAAUUCGAAAAUGAAGAUGAAGUAGUUACUAUGGCUAAUUAUUCCACUCAUGGUUUAGCUGCCUAUUUUUAUAGCAGGGAUAUUGGAAGAUGUUGGAGAGUUGCGGAAGCUUUGGAGGUUGGAAUGGUCGGUGUCAAUGAUGGAAAGAUUGGUUUUUGCGAAACUCCUUUUGGUGGGGUUAAGGAAUCAGGCUUUGGACGCGAAGGUUCAAAAUAUGGAAUUGAAGAAUUUCUCAAUGUUAAAUUUAUAAAUUUUGGUGGAAUAUAA